GGACAUUGCGCCAGCGGGGUUAGACAUUCCCGCAAUCCCCGGCCUAUAUAAGAACACAGAAAAAGGCCGUAAUCACCAGUUUCGCACAGCUCCAUAGUGACAAAGCUACUGAAAAUGAUGAAGAUUAUCGUCGUCCUUGUUGCCUGUCUGGCUGUUGCUGCCUACGCCAAACCCACUGGCUACGGUAUUGGCAUGUACGGAGGCCUUGGUGGCCUUGGUGGCCUUGGUGGCCUUGGCUAUGGUGGCUAUGGAAUGGGAGGCCUGUACGGAGGCAUGGGAGGUCUGUACGGAGGCAUGGGAGGCUUUGGCCAUGGUGGCCUGGGAGGUCUGUACGGAGGUAUGGGUCUUUACGGAGGCUUGGGAGGCCUGUACGGAGGAAUAGGAGGCCUGUACGGCGGCAUGUAUGGAGGAAAAUACGGUGGCAUGUACGGAGGAAUUGGACUUGGCAAAGGAAUUGGUAUGGGAUACUAUUGAGGUUGGUGAGACGGCGCCUCAGAUCUGCAACAGCUUCAGCGCUGAUCAAACAAACCUCUCAAUGCUUCACGGAAGACAAAUACUUUCUUCUCGGAUCAAUAAAAGUCAUUUCUACAAUG